UAAACCCUAAAAUAAAGAAAAAAAUAAAACUACUCCACCACGUUGAGCGGUUGAGGCCAAGGUCAUAGGUAGAGACGUAGAAUCGUAGAGUGGUCUAGUACUCUAGUGGAGUAGAAGACGAUGAGUGGAAAAGAAGGAGAAUUAUGGCCGGCGAUUGGAAUCGAUCUCGGAACCACCUACACUUGUGUCGGAGCGUGGAUGCCACAGCAGGACCGUGUUGAGAUUAUCACCAACGACUUAGGCAACCGUACGACGCCGUCCUGGGUGGCGUUUAACGGAACACAACGUCUUAUCGGCGAGGCUGCCACCAACCAGGCCGGAAAUAAUCCUACCAACACCAUCUUUGAUGCAAAGAGGCUUAUAGGUAGGAGUUUCGGCGAUGAAAUGGUACAAAGAGACAUGAAGUUGUGGCCAUUCAAAGUGAUUCCUACUGCUGAUGCAAAUGAUUUCAAGAGGAUUGUGAUUGAAGUUACUUACAAGGAUGAACUGAAGCAAUUUGCUCCAGAGGAGAUAUCCUCAAUGCUUCUGGCGAAGAUGAAAGAGAUAGCAGAGUCUUAUCUUGGUUUAAAAGUGAAGAAUGCAGUUGUUACAGUUCCGGCCUACUUCAAUGAUGCACAACGGCAAGCAACAAAAGAUGCUGGUGUUAUUGCUGGACUGAAUGUUAUGCGUAUCAUUAACGAGCCAACAGCAGCUGCCAUUGCUUAUGGUCUUGAAAGGCAGAGUACUAGCAGUGAUGUUGCAAAGAAUGUUAUGGUUUUUGACCUUGGUGGUGGCACUUUUGAUGUUUCUUUGGUGGCAAUCAAGAAUGGUGUUUUUGAAGUGAAGGCUGUUAGUGGAGAUACACACCUUGGUGGGAGAGAUUUUGACAAUAGAAUGUUGAGCCACUUUGUAGCCGAGUUUCAGAGGAAACACAACAAAGACAUUAGUGCAAAUCGUAGGGCUCUUGGAAGGUUACUAGCUGCUUGUGAGAAGGCUAAGAGACUCCUUUCUUCAACGACUGAGACUGCAAUUGAGAUUGAUUGCCUUUUUGAGGGUAUUGAUUUUUGUUCUAGCAUUAGCCGUGCCCGAUUUGAAAAGAUGAACAUGGAUUUGUUCCAGGAUUGUUUGGUUCCUGUUGUAAACUGUUUGAGAGAUGCUAAGAUGGAAAAGAGUGACAUUCAUGAUGUUGUUCUUGUGGGCGGGUCAACCCGAAUCCCAAAGGUUCAGCAAUUGUUGCAAGAUUUUUUCAAUGGAAAGGAGCUAUGCAAAAGCAUUAACCCUGACGAGGCUGUGGCAUGUGGAGCUGCAUUCCAAGCUGCAAUUUUGGCUGGUGUAGGUAGUAAUAAGAACACGGUACUUGUGGACAUUGCUCCUCUAUCUCUUGGCAUUGAGCUCUAUAAAGGUGACAUGAAAGUUAUAAUCCCUAGGAAUACAACUAUCCCGGCUAAAAUUGUUCAACAAUGUACUACUGCAUAUGAUAACCAUAUAGCUGUAUCUUUCCCAGUGUAUGAGGGUGAGAGACCCAUUGCUAAAGACAACAACUUUUUGGGCAAGUUUUGCCUGUAUAACAUACCUCCAGCACCUCAAGGCGUACCUCAAUUUGAUGUCUGUUUUAACAUGGAUGCCGAUGGCAUCUUAACCGUGUCUGCAGAGCUUGUAGGCACCAACAACAAGGACAAAAUCGUCAUUGCCAAUCACAGUGGUAGGUUAUCAAAGGAAUCAGUUGACAAAAUGGUGGAGGAAGCCAAAAAAUUCAAGGCUGAGGAUGAAGAGCGCAAGAAAGCAGCCAUAGUUAAGAACAAGUUGGAGAAUUAUGUGUACGAUGUAAAGGGCACCUUAAGAGGUUGUGGAAAGAGGAUCAAUAUAAAGGACAAGAGAAAAGUGGGUGAUGAAAUUGAGAAGAUAACCAAAUGGUUAGAGUGGAACCAUUUGCUUGCUGAUUCUGCCAAGUUUGAGGAGAAAAUGGAAGAGUUCAAAAGUUUCUGCAAGCCUAUUGUUGAGAAGAUGUACCAGCAGGAGAAGGAGAAUGCUUGUGCUGAGGCUCGCCCCAAGAUCGAGAUUAUUGAACUUGAUUAAGCUUAAAUUAGUUGAAUUAGUGAAACUGAUCACUACCUUUUGGUUCUGGAGAAUUCCAUUAAUGGUUGGAUACGACUGUUAGUCUUUUUAAUUAGUGCCUGUACAGAAGGUUUCGGUCUGACUAGAUGCAGUUCUCGUGCUUGUUUUGCGUACUCUUAAUUGUAGUUUUGGCUAGCAACGAUGAUUUGGAGGUUGUUUUCCAUUAGCUUUUGUCAUAACCAUUAGCAAUAUAGUGAACUAAACUUUUGAGGCUUUGGUGGAAAACUGGAAAGGUUAAGAGCUUAACCCUUCAUUACCACCUCAAUUUUAUGAAAUAUUUUAUAUUCAGAAAAAGUUUGAAGAGGAGGAUGCAAAGAAGAUGAAGUUUCUGAAUUUGAAGAAAAUCUGGAAGAGCUUGAAAGCAUUAUCGAUCCUAUAAUUGCUCGGAUGCCUUGGAUGCUUUCCCCUGUUUUCUAAUUAGUGUUAUUGUCUUGUUAUUGAUCUUAAGGCCUGUUUCUUACGGAUUUGAACCAUCUUAACAUCAUUUUUUUUUAACUCUGGCUC